AUGGUGCACUACUUAAGUGAAGACUUCUUUUCAGCUGGAAUAUCAUCUUCACAACGAAGUGAAUCCACAAAUAAUGCAAUUGGAUUCGAAGAACUGAAAAGCACAAGUCUCUAUCAAUUCUUCAAAAUAUUUCAAAAAACUAUUGAAAGAUGGAGAGAAAGGGAGAUAGCAUUAGAGUUUUACUGCACAACAACAACCCCAACGUCUGCAUUUAGACUUACUGGUUUAUUACGACAUGCGUCAAAGGUGUACACAACAAUUUUAUUCACAGAAUUUGAACAGGAGUUCAAGAUGGCUAUCUCAUCUUCAAUUGAACAGGUUGUCGACAUGGGAGAUAAAAGAUGUACAAGUAUAGUCUGGUUUGAUGGAUAUACUGAUAUCAACAUGCGUGAAGUUCAAUACACCAAAUACAAUGAUACUAUACAUUUUGACUGUACAUUUAAGAAGUUUGAAUCGAAUGGAUGGUUAUGUUGUCAUUGUUUACGCGUACUACACUUGCAUUCUGUGCAAACAAUACUAGAUAUAUACAUUCUUGCAAUAUGGACAAAGAAUGCUAAGAAGGAUAUUUGGGAUACACUUUAUGGUAAUCAAUGUCCACCUACAGGCUUGGAACCCCCUAGAAAAUCUACACUUACGUGGAGACAAAGCAUGGGGCGUAAGUUUUACAAUCUUGUGUUAAAGUCACAUAGCAAUGAAGAAGUAAGAAAGGUGGUAGAAGCACUGUACAAUACAACAAGUGAUGAAGUAGGCAAAAUCAUUAAGAGGGCUCGUAAUGAAAUUAAAGCUGCAAUAGAAACAUUAGAAGCAAUAACAACAUUACAAGUAACAACACAGGUAAGAGACCCAGAAAGAACGGUCACAAAGGGAAGAAAGAAGAGAUUGCAAGGACAUUUUAAGACAUCAUAG